GAUGGCUUCCGGCCGGCGGAGUUUGAGUUGUGUUUAUUUUCAGCGGACAGCUUGCAAGCUGUUCGACUCUUGUACAUUUCGCUUUCAUGUGAAACUAACGUUUCUGGCCUUCGUUUAAAAGAGGCCACCGAGAAUUUCACGUUACGAUCAGCAUCGCUUCGAAUCUUCGUUGCCCUGGUACGAAAAAUAAUGUUGAUCAAAGAAUACAGAAUUCCUCUACCGAUGAGCGUAGAAGAGUAUAGGAUAGCUCAGUUGUAUAUGAUCCAGAAAAAGAGUAGACUAGAUAGUGUUGGUGAGGGCAGCGGAGUUGAGAUUCUCGAAAAUACACCCUACACAAAUGGCCCUGGAGGAAAUGGACAAUACACAAAAAAACUCUAUCACAUUGGAAACCAUUUACCCAGCUGGCUAAAAGCAAUUCUACCAAAGGCAGCCUUAAGAGUUGAAGAAGAGGCAUGGAAUGCCUAUCCUUAUACCAAGAUGAGGACAACAUGUCCUUUUGUAGAGAAGUUUUUUGUUGAUGUAGAAACAUAUUAUUAUCCUGAUGCGGGACAGCAGGAAAAUGUAUUUAAUUUGUCACCAGUGGACUUGCAAGGAAGGGAAGUGGAUAUAAUUGACCCAAUUAAGGAUCAAGUGUCGUCCUCGGACUACUCAGAAGAAGAGGAUCCCUUGUUGUAUCAAUCUACUAAAACAGGGCGGGGCCCUAUGAAGGAGAACUGGCUGGAGCAGUACAGAGUUGAAAAGCCUCCCUCUGAUGUGAUGUGUGCAUACAAGCUAAUAAAGGUUGAGUUCAGAUACUGGGGAAUGCAGAAUAAAAUGGAACAUUUUAUUCACUCUGGUCUGCGCCGCCCGAUGCUAAUGGGUCACAGACAAGCAUGGGUGUGGCAGGAUGAGUGGUUUGGACUGACAAUUGAGGAUAUACGAAAAUUAGAAGAAGAAACACAGAGGGUGUUAGCCAUAAAAAUGUGCAGAUUGUCCGACCACGGUAUAUCUAACACUGCUUCUGAUAGAGACAGCGACCAAGAAGAGGGCUUUGCAAACGACAAAGGUAGAGGGAGUGUUGUUUAUGUUCAAGAAAACAAUAACACCUCCAGGUUAGAACUAAUUUCCAAGGCUUCACUCGACGAAAACGAGAGUGUUCCCUCCCCUUCGCCCGUCGCAAUCACGGUGGAAAAAUUCGGAUUUGAUAGCGAUGAUAACACAGGGAACUCGAACGGUGUUGAAUACAAUGGCGUAGCUCAGACAGACAUAAUAAAUUCUACCGCUGAGAAACGGUUGUCACGUUCUGAUAUGUUAAAAGGUUGGCAUAUGAGUGCAAUUGAAGCCCAUGAAUCGGAUUCAGCGGAUGACGAAUUUUUCGACGCUCAAGAGGAACUUGAGGAGCAUGCUUAUAGUUCAAAUCUGCUGACCAUACGCAACGUGGAACUGGGUAACAGUUUUAAGAGUUUAGAGUUGGACACAGAUUCUUCUCGGGGUAGUAGAGAGUCGUUAGACUCACUAGCGUCUGAGCAGAGCGUAGACAAGUCACCUCGGCUGUUAAGAAAAGAAAAACUUUGUAAGAAAGUCAGUGAUACUUCGACGUGCUCGUUACCAGCAUCUCGCAUCACCAAUCUCAUUCUGGUCAUUAACGGCGGCACACAAAUUGACACAGGACUGGAUCCUUCGUCACGUGAAAUGGACUUUAAACUACUUCAGGAUGCCUUCGAGGCUGUGAUAAACUCGCACUACAGAGGAGCAGAAGGAAAGAUCGCACUGAGGCUCGUCGAGUGCCCUGCCAUCUGCUCCAAGGCUCUUAAUCUGUUGUCUCAGCUGUGCCCCUAUUCAGAGAGUGACUCGGACGUGGCUAGUGUAAAUAGCGGCUUCACCCCAGUCUCCAGUAGUUUUCCUCUGAGUGCGAUAUCGCUGAUGGUUUCGUCCUCGCCAUUUUAUGAUGAGGCAGUGAACUCCAUGGUAGCUGCCACCAACAUGGUGUACAGAGAGUUCUUGAAGUCCGACGAAGGCCAAGGCUUUCGUGGAGAGGUUUGCCUCCUUGGCGACUGUAUAGGUGCCUUGCUCGCUUACGAUGCCCUAACCUCUGGUGUCAACACCACGCAAAGUUUCAUCUCAAACACGUCGACACUUUCCCCUAAAGCCGCGUCAUUCGCUGCACAGGAAAACGCAGAAUCAAACGGCGGUGUGAUCAGGAAACCUCGACGGAUCAGUAGUCACACUCCUCCCUGUAAGAGCAGCUUGGAGAAUUCUCACAAUCUUCGUUUUAGCCUAAGCAGUGGGAACAUCCGAGAGAACGUUAACCCCGAGACAGACGAGAUGAUUACUUCACCGGUGGAUGAGAUGGAAGACAAUGUUAUGAUCUCACCAGGCUCCCUCAGCAGGGCGGCCAGACAGCAUACGUUUAGCUUCGACACUAUGUCCCUGUCGGUAGAAUCGGUGGACAACGUAAUGUUCGAUUUUGAAGUCGGCAAGUUUUUCGCGUUUGGUUCACCCAUUGGUCUCGUGUUAGCAUAUCGAAGGUUCUUGAAUGGGGAGGACAGGGGCGGUCUUGCCCUUCCGCCCAAACCUGCUUGUAACCAGGUUUACAACCUGUUUCACCCGUUUGACCCAUCAGCAUCCCGAAUCGAACCUUUGAUCGUGAGUCCGUUUUCUCAAAUUCCGGCUGUCAAAGUACCUCGUUAUCACAAAUUCCCACUGGGUGAUGGCCAAUCACAUCUACUCAGCAACGUCAUUGGUGCUUACCCCGAGUUGUUUGUUCCUCAAACACCUUUGACCCCAAGCUCCCGGUCCUUUACGGGUAUGGUUCAACGAGAGAGCAACCUGAGUACGAUAAGUCUGGUAUCUUGUGACAGUUCUGGAGGGACUGAUCUGGAUAUGGCUGUUCAAAACUGGUGGGGGACUAAGCGCGUCGAUUACGCGCUGUAUUGCCCCGAGGGACUUCAACAGUUUCCCACAGCUGUACUCUCGCCUCUCUUCCAUGUCAGUUAUUGGGAGUCUAAUGACGUGGCUGCGUUUGUUGUCAGACAGAUUCUUCAUGGCGAAUGGGACAUUUCAAGUGCGUCCUCUCCCAACAGAAAAUGUCAGACGUUUUGUCCUUCCCAACCCAGGGAAAAGUGGUUGAAACGAAGAACUGCCAUCAAAAUCAAGAACCUGAAUGCUAACCAUAGAGCCAAUGAUUUGGUAACCCUUGAAGGUCUUGAUCAGGUUCUCACGGCCAGAUUCAUGUAUGGACCUCUAGAUAUGGUGUCUCUUAGCGGUGAGAAGGUCGAUAUCUAUGUCAUGACCGAGCCUCCCUCUGGAGAGUAUGUUUUAUUCGACACCGUGAUUACCGGAAGCGGAGGAAGGCUAUCGUGUACUAUUCCUGAAGAGAAGAAACUUCCGGUUGGCAUUUACCCAACAAAGUUGAUCGUCAGAGGUGAUCAUACUUGGAUAGACAGUAACGUGGCUGUUUUGCCACCUAAGACUGAGGCUGUGGUUUUCAGUAUCGACGGCUCUUUUGCGGCCAGCGUCUCCAUUCGUGGUAAAGACCCGAAGGUCCGCGCAGGCGCCGUGGAUGUCGUUAGACACUGGCAGGAGCUAGGAUUCCUAAUCGUGUACGUCACAAGUCGGCCUGAUUUUCAGAAAAUUAAAGUCAUGUCUUGGUUGGCUGAGCACAACUUUCCGUACGGUCUAGUUUCGUUUGGAGAUGGAAUCUCAAAAGAUCUUCAGAGACAUAAAACUGAGUUUCUUCGAUACCUUAUCAGUGAUUGUCAAGUACAGAUCCACGCUGCAUAUGGAUCAGUAAAAGACAUAUCAGUAUACUCGUCAAUUGGAGUUCAACCGCAUCAGAUAUACACUGUGGGAAAAUACCAUCCAAGGAAAUACUCCAAACAAACUCAGUUUCUCAAAGACGGUUAUGCAGCUCAUUUGACUGCGCUCACCACACAAACUAUAUCAAGGCCCGCUGUGGGGAAUUCUCGUUUGAUUCUGAGGCGCGGUUGUUUUGGCCUUCCCUCGCGUGUGUCCAAGACAAGACACAGGAUUAAACGGUCAAUUUCAGACAAACCUUCGUUUGAAUCUGAUAAGGAUUGCUCGAAAAUAUCAGGAUCAUUUAAUUACUCUUCCUUUAGACAGACUAAGGGGCGGUCGGUGAGUAACUUUGAUGAACAGUAGUUGAGGAAAAUCACAUUUGUAGAACAUCCCAAUUAAGAGAGGAAUUGUACAUAUAUUCAGAUAUAAUUUUCAUCUGUGUGCACGGUUUUGCGAGGCUUCUCGUCAGGUUUCCCACGUCUAAAACGCAUGUUUUACAUAACACGUGACUAAUACGUUUUAGCCAGAUGUCUUGAAAAAAGCGUGUUUAUUUUAACAUGUUUGGCUUCCUUUUCUAAUAAUUUGAACCGAUGCCUCAAAGUCCACAGUUCGAGUCCCAGGCCACCGUUGUAAAUAGCGAACUGUUUAACUUCUGGCAACCAGUGUUAUGCUUACAUAACACUGAUUUUGUGGCACUUACUUUCUCGGUCUGACCAGCAGUGGGUUUCUUAAAUUGUUUAGAGAUUUCUCGCCCCUCUCAUCUAUAUCGCAAAGUUAGAGUUAUUUGAAUGAAACUGUGAAUAAAUUAAAAUUCGUUACUGCACUGUAGAGAAAGUGCAAUGGAAUCCUCUCUCGUCAAACCUCUAUUCAUGGGGCACUCUGAUUUCGAGGAAAAAACAUGUUCCAAAACGGUAUUAUCCCAUAUUUUCAUUGAACAGAAGCACAUCUUACAGGUGUUUCCCUUUGUAGAUUUUGUUUAGUGGAUGUUUUUUCACCCAGUCUCUAACAGUCAUCUUGUAAGAGAAGUUGUCGACUUACACUUAUUGCGGAAUGUUAAAGUUGUAACUAUGAAAAAAAAAAUUGAUUCACAAAGAAUGAGAGAUCAACUAAUGAAUACUAUGUUAAGUUAUUUAACU